CUCAAUCUCACUCACUCUCCAGAGUAAGACUAAAAAGCCUCCAUCAGCAUGGCUAGCACCUUCUCCAACUACAGUAGCUUUGCUUCUGGAUCAGUGAUCGGUGGUGGAGGAGCCCGGGUCAGUGCAAUGCGGGCAGGAAGUGUCUAUGGUGGAGCAGGAGGGUCUGGGGUUCGCAUCUCCCACGCUUCUCGCUCCUUGUCCGUUGGUGGAUCUGGAGGUAGUGUUGGUGGAGGCUUUAGAUCUGGUGCAGGGUUUGGAGGUGGUGCAGGGUUCGGAGGUGGUGCAGGGUUCGGAGGUGGUGCAGGGUUCGGAGGUGGUGCAGGGUUUGGAAGUGGUGCUGGGGAAGCAGACUCUAGCAUCAUCGGCAAUGAAAAGUUCACCAUGCAGAACCUCAAUGACCGUCUGGCCUCCUACCUGGAGAAGGUGCGCUCCCUGGAGAAGGCGAAUGCAGAUCUUGAGCUCAAGAUACGCCAGUUCCUGGACAGCAAGACCUCCCCUACUGCCCGGGACCACUCUGGGUCCUUGGCUUCCAUCAGUGAGCUACAAGCUAAGAUUCUGGAUGCCAUUCAGCUGAAGGGUUCAGUCCACCUGAGCAUCGACAAUGCCAGUCUGGCUGCAGAUGACUUCAGGAUAAAGUAUGAGAACGAGUUGGGCAUGCGUCAGUCUGUUGAGGCUGAUAUCUCGGGACUGAGGAGGUUGCUGGAUGAUCUGAACCUGACCAAGAAAGAUCUCACGCUGCAGAUUGAGGCCUUGAAUGAGGAGCUGGCCUUCCUGAAGAAGAACCAUGAGGAGGAAUUGCUAACAGCACGUAGUCAGAUGAGCGGACAGAUCCAUGUCGAGGUUGACGCUGCACCACAGCAAGAUCUCAGCAGUAUCAUGGAAGAAAUCCGUGAGCAAUAUGAAGCCGUUGCUGCCAAGAGCCAGAGAGAGCUUGAGGGCUGGUUCCAGACAAAGUCUGAGAGCCUGAAACAGGAAGUUGCUGCCAGUACGGAGACACUGGCCACCUCCAAAACAGAAGUGAACAGUGUGAAGAGCACAUCACAGUCUCUGGAAAUUGAGCUCCAGUCUCUGUUGGCCAUGAAAGCCUCCCUGGAGGGAACACUCUCUGAGACUCAAGCCCGUUAUGCCAUGCAGUUAUCUGGACACCAAGUGCAGGUGACAAGUCUGGAGGAGCAGCUGGUGAAACUUCGUGCCGAUCUGGAGCGUCAGUCUCAGGAGUAUCAGAUGCUGCUGGACAUCAAGACCAGACUGGAGCUUGAGAUCGCAGAGUACAGGAGACUGCUGGAUGCUGAGGCCAGUGGCAGUGCCUCGAUUUCCUCCAGCAAGAACUCCACCACUAAAACCGCAAUCAUCACUGUGGUUGAAGAGGUGGUGGAUGGGAAGGUCGUCUCCACCUCUUCUACAUCUAUUACCAAGUAAUAAAGCAAUACUUAAAGAAAUGUUUUUACUGGAGUAGAAUUAACCAAAAAUUUCUGUUUAAAAAUAAAACGUU